ACGAUUUUUGGCUAAUUGGAGAAGGGUUUACGUGAUUUUUUCAGUGUCUGCGGGUAUGACUCUCCUACUGUGGGGGUUAUACCCUGUUUUGGACCAAUCAUACAAGGCGAAAAAGUUGCCUUUUAUCGCAUGGUAUUCAUACGACCACCAAAAAUCACCACUUUAUGAAAUCACCUACAUUUAUCAAAUAAUCGCCAACUACUUCAUAGCUUUCACUAACCAGAAUGUGGACGCUUUUAUUUCGGCGCUGUUGAUGUAUAUCGCUGCUCAGUGUGAAUUAUUAUGUGAUCAUUUGAAAAAUUUAAAAUUCGAGGAGAAGAAUAAAGGGUUUGUUAAAUUCGUCCGCUGUGUGAAGCAUCAUCAAAAAAUUUUACAGUUCUCUGAAAAUACGAAUGAAUUUUUGAGCAUUAUGACCUUUGGACAAUUUAUGACGAGUGUGAUUUCUAUUUGUAUGACUUUGUUCCAACUGACUUUGGUUACACCUCUAACUCCCGAGUUUUAUACUCUGCUGUGUUGUCAGUCUGCAGUUUUUACCCAGGUUUUCGUGUACUGUUGGUUUGGAAACGAAGUCAUACUUAAGAGUAAUGAAAUUUCCUAUUGUGCUUAUGAAUCUGGUUUCUGGAUUAAUUCUUCUGUGCAAAUUAGGAAAGUUAUGGUGUUCUUUUUGAUGCAGUGUGGAAGACCUAUUAAACUAAGGGCUGUUAAUUUUUUUGGUUUAUCCUUGGACACUUUUACUGCGAUUUUGAGGAAUUCUUGGUCGUAUUUUGCUCUUUUACGACAAAUUAAUUACUAGGGGUAAUUAACAAAAUUGUAAACCCAUUUUUGUCAACAAUACAUAAAA